AUGCCCCGGCUCGAAAUUGUGCAGGAAGACGCUCAGAGAGUGCCUCCGAGACCAACUGACUUGGACUCCUUUGGUAUCCACCACAUUUUCCGCCGAGAGGCCUUUCGCCAUGCUAGCUAUUUGCGCUACACUUCCCUGGGGCAAUUGGACGAGCGCACUUAUGACCUCUCGCAGGUUGUCUAUGACCGCAUGAAGCCGGCUCUCCGACUUGCCUCGUUGUUCGUGAGAUAUGUGAUGCCACAAUUCGCACGAAUUGGGUCCGCCGAGGUGAGAGAGUAUGUGCAUCCAGACGGCUACACAUACAAGGCACUGACCGACGAUUGGGAGUACGAUCCAGUAAGGACAGCAAGGUUUGAAUCAAACGAUCUGUUGCGACUCUGCACCAACUAUCGGUUUACGCUCUUGACAACAGACCACUUCGCGCGAAGCCUUUGUGACGCUCAUGACGAGCUGGCGGUGACUAGUGCCCUACUGAACCAUGUCGCCGGCGCUCCUUUCGACCCUGUGUACCCUCAAACUGCCCUGAACAGCUCGUGGAUCUGGUACUUGGCGAGAGAAGACUGGGACACUAUCUCCACUGAAGAAAAGUACAGCAAGUACUUCAUGUUUGCCACCACGCUCGUGCAUGAGCUCGCCCAUGCUGUGUGGAUCAAUCGAGUCUACAGUGGUGUCCGUCUCAAAAGCGAUAAGAACGAGGAGAUUGCCCUUGUGGAGCCCGAACCCAGCUAUUUCCCCGAUCAUGACUUUGCCGAACUCGGCUGCGCAAUUGAACUCGAGCUCUUUCACAGCCUACCUGGCUUUCCACACUUCGGAACCCCCACGACUACAGAAAGAGCCUGCAGCGACGAACCGCACAAGGUCCUGUUCACACUCCUGGAUGCGAAGGGAAGAGCCAUCGAUAUCCACCAGGCAUCGACCAGCACCAUCUAUUCAUUCUUUGAUCCUCGCGUGUGGGCCAUGACGGAUUUCUAUUUCCAACCGGACUAUGUGGUCGAGCUCCUGGAGAACCGCAGACCGCCUCGCCGUCGACUGUCAACCUCUCUCUCCGAUCCGAGAUUUCUCGAAGAAUUCGAUGUGCCUGUUCUUUCCGAACCCUUUCCUGGUAUGUUGAAACCCGCAAUCACGGCAGACAAUGAGCUGUUUGGAUGA